AUGGCGAUUGUGGGUCCCAGGUUAUGUUUUUGUAAACAAGGAGAGUCGAGAUACAUCUGUGGUAACUAUAAGCUUAUUUUAAUUUUAUUUAAACUAUUUAGGUAAUGGAAAUUCAAUCGAAUUCCGAAAUUCUUCCCCAAAAUCAGUCAAGAAAUCGAAGAUUUUUGACGAAAAUGGCUUCAACACCUACGGAAUCCUAGCUGACUGCACUAAUUAUCAUGGUAAGCGUUUGCGGUUAUGUUUUAUUUUUUAGAUCUCGUCUGUUUCGGCGAACGUGAACUGGUUUGGAUCAAAGACUACCGUAUUCUCCAUCGGCUCCGAUUUUCUGACUGGAUAUCAGCUGUAAAGAUCCUCGGUGAUGGAAGUGUUGUUGUCUUGACCAGUCACAAUGUUUUAUUUCAUUAUGGCCGAGAUGGAACAACGCUUAAAGAAGAAGAGAAAGUCGAAUUGGAAGGUUUGGGUAUACUGUAAGUUGCGUUUGCCAUUUUGUCGAAUUGGCGUAGAAUUUUGGAGAAGAUUGUUUAUUUUUAGAUUUUGUGCAGUGAUUGCUGGAGAUCUUUGGGAGAAUUUGACUGUUUAUUGUGGUAAUGUUUUUGGAGAUGUCGUAUCUUUCAAGAGAGUCGAUCAUGAAUGGAAUUUAACACCAUUCAAAGGGCACAAGGUAAGCCUCUUUUUGCUUAUUUCACUCUAUAUAGAUACUUUCUGAAUUUUUUAAUUUUAGGGGAUGAUAUUUGGUAUCUAUCUGCAUGAUCAUCAUUUAUAUUCUAUAUCAGAUGAUAGAAGUCUGACUGUUUGGAAUACCGAUGGAGAAGUCAUAUCAAAGGGCUAUGGGCAUUCGGCAAGACCAUUGGCUCUCACAGUAUCUUCCGAUGGCCGUAUUUUCACUGGUGGUUAUGAUGAAAUGAUUUGUAUUUGGGAAUUUGAUGGCGAACUCAAGUUGAAGCAGUCAAUUCAAGUGUCCGGAGGGCCGAUUCGGAGUCUAUUAGCUUUUGAAGAUGCCUUGGUAAGGGGAUUUUGAGUUUUAUUUGUCAUAAAUUUUUAGGUUUGAAUAACUUCUCAUUAAUAAUGAUUUAGUUGGCGGGAACCGCUACAGGGUCAUUGAUACAAGUGAUCAUACCCAAAGAAAGGUAUAAGGUGACAGAAAACAAGCUCGAUUUUACGGUUCGUUCCCUUUGCCGAUUGGACGAUGACAAUUCCGUUUUCAUCAAUGACUCAAGGUAAUGUUGUUUUAAAUUAUUCUUAGUUGAUUUGUAGAGAGCUCGUAUUGUAUCGUAAGAAAGGAAAUGGGGAGGCUGAAACAACGGUCUUGAUUUCUAAAGCCCCUCUCAAGUUUAAUACCUUGAGUCGACUGGGAAAAGGAAUGGAAGUUAUUGUUGCAGAAGAGAAUCGUCUUUACUAUGUCAAUGGUAAUGUAUUCAUAUAUGUCUUCAACAAAAUCUGUUUUUUAUUUGCAGCGUCAAAACCACUUUACUCAUCGGUAAAACUGUAUUACUCCGUUAUUUCCCUUAUUCUGACAGGCAAUUAUGUUUUGAUAUCCGAUGAGAAAGACGAGUGUGUAAGUCUGAUGUGUUUAUUUACGAAAAAUUUUUUGAAGCAUGUAUUUGAGAUAAAAAACGAUGAGCCAGUUGAAAUUGGAAAUGUUGCCAUACCAUCGAGACAUCGGAUUUCCUCUGGAUUCGAUCUGGGAGAAGCCUUUAUUCUUGGAACAACAAAGGGCACAAUCUUGGUGGUGGAAAAGGAGGGAUGGAAGGUAACGCUAAAUUUAUGUUUCAGUAUUUGAUGAUUUAUCUUUGAGGUAAUGUAAUGUUAUUUUCAGGUUUCUUUGACAGUUCCCAAAGCCCAUAAGAAGGAGUCGAUAUUAUUUAUUGAGAAGAUGAACGAUAAGAUUGUCUCCCUCGGAAAGGAUGGAAGUCUCACGGAAUGGUCCUACAGUUACAGGCGUCUAGAGAUGAUUUGCGUCAGAGCUACUAUCGAAUGGCCUUGCAAAGUUGUCAAUAAUGGCGAAUACAGUUAUUUGAUUGGAUUUCACGGUGUAAGUUUACAUUUUUGCCAUUUUUUACAUUUUCAGGGCAAAUUUGUAAUUGUCAACAUGAAGACUUUUCUGAUCGAAUCAGAAGUCCAUUGUGGUGGAGGGCAUCGAAUCUGGUGGUUUGAUGUAAGAAACAUGACAUUCGAGUACAUCCAAAAAGGAAUUUUAUAUACUGCACAAUGCUAUUCGACGAAAAUUGAUUUUUUGGAGGUAAGAAAUUAUAAUUCGUGGGUAAUGAAUGCCUUCAGGGUCCUUUCCACUCCAGCGAGACCACAGUUCUUGCAGUUAUCGACGAAAAAAAGAGAGAAAACACCUCUAAAGUCAAGUUUGUUACUGGUGGAAAUGAUACCAAGGUUAUUUUGAAUGAAUAUGAUCAAGAAAAGAGUAAGUUGGCGUUCAUUUAAUCAAGUUUUGACUUUUUUAGAUACCAUCAACGUCCUCCAAGUAUCCGAACGGCCAUUAUCAAGUGUUCAUAACGUCACAUCCUGCGAUAAUUUAGUGGUUACUGUGGGUGGAAGGGGCGAAGUCAUUUGCUGGAGUGUGGAGGGUAAUGUUUUUAUCAAAUUUAUUAUAUUGUUUUAGGUGAUGAACUCAUCUUCCUUUGCUCCAAGUGUUUCCCCAAUGAUUUUCGAUUGAUCUCGGUGGAUAUUUGCCAAAGAGAUCACGGCUAUUCAUUGGCUGUUCUGGGAGGAGAUGGAGUCGUUACGUAAGUUACAGUAUACAAAAAUUAUUUUUUUAGUUUACUGUACUUUAACAGUACUGUUAGAUUAAUAAAAGAGAUUGCGGAAUUCAAAACGGAAGAGAUUUGGAGCUUUGUGGAUGUGAAGUUUCUAAAAUACAAUCAAAUUUUGGCCAUCAACACGGUCGGCGAGGUCUUGGUGUACUGUAAUGUGAGCGAGGAUGACGCAAAUACUAUUUUUUCUUUGUAGGGUGAAGAAAAUAGCAGAUUUUUGGUGGAAAGAAAUCCAUUGUCCGUGGUAAACGCCAUCAAAGUUGAAGAUUUCCAUUUGGUGUUUGUUGGAUCGGUCUCGGGCACUUUAUCCAUAUUGGUAAUGAAAAAUGGAGAGAUGCAGAAAGGUCCCAGUCAGAUUAUCCAUGUCUCUACAAUCACUGGUGUGUUUUUAAACGAUGUGAAAUGGAAUUUUAGAUAUACAUUUGGAAAAGAAAAACGAUUCGGUGGAAAUAAUCACGAUUUCUUUGGAUCGGACGAUGGUUAUCACUGAAUAUGAUUUUAUAAAGGUAUUUUUGACAAGUUUUUUGUAUUGUAUGUGUGUUUAGAGCACAUUGGAAGGCAAGAAAAUUGUGCCGUUGGUCAUUGCGGAUCCAUCAAAGGUUGUGAAGAUCAAGAAAACGUAAGUUUUCAUCAGUAUCUUGUAGUUUACAAUGUUAGAAGCAGUUUAGACUAUGCAAAUUUUUUAGAAAUAACGCUCUUGUAUCAGGAUACGGUCUAGAGUCCAUCGGUCUGUGA